CUGAGCCUCGUUUCUGCUAUUUCUUGGGUGAUGGUAGCCAUUUUGUAGAAAGAAUGACUCGACCUGUCACUGAUUUCGGACGAUUUUCACACUACAGUUAAAACCUAAUGAAAAAAUAGAUAGUGUAAUUUAAAGAUUAUACAUUCAUCAACAAAUAUAAGUCCACUCUUAUGAUUGUGAUCGUCAUAUAAUUGUUAUAUUUUACCCCGUAAUAAGGUGUGGUAUGGACUUGAGUGUGCAUGGUGUGUAUUCUCGUAGGAAAAGCGCCAAAAAGUUAUCCUGUAACGGAAAUAUUGUUGGUGCUUGUUAUUCAACAACUUAUCUAUCAAUGUUAUAAGUAACUUGGAAACAAGAUUUAUCACUCUUUGAGUGGUCUGUGUAGAAUUUUUUCGUCCAAAGGUUUUUCGAGUUCGGUUCGGAGGCUGACCACAAAGAAAAAAAUGCCGGCAACCAGUAAAGCCAGAGUGUAUGCAGAUGUGAAUGCUUUGAGACCAAGGGAAUAUUGGGAUUACGAGUCCCAUGUUGUUGAAUGGGGUCAACAAGAUGAUUAUCAGAUUGUCAGGAAACUUGGCAGAGGAAAGUACAGUGAAGUCUUUGAAGCUGUCAACAUCACAAAUAAUGAAAAAUGUGUCAUCAAAAUAUUAAAGCCAGUAAAGAAGAAGAAAAUAAAGAGAGAGAUUAAGAUUUUGGAAAACCUGCGUGGUGGAACUAAUAUAAUAUCGUUAAUGGCGAUUGUUAAAGACCCAGUAUCAAGAACACCAGCAUUGGUAUUCGAACAUGUUAACAAUACAGACUUUAAACAAUUGUAUCAGACAUUUACAGAUUAUGACAUCAGAUUUUAUUUAUUUGAAUUACUCAAGGCAUUAGAUUAUUGUCACAGUAUGGGUAUAAUGCACAGAGAUGUCAAACCACAUAAUGUUAUGAUAGAUCAUGAAACUAGAAAGUUACGACUUAUAGACUGGGGUUUAGCUGAAUUUUAUCAUUGUGGAAUGGAAUACAAUGUAAGAGUAGCCUCUAGAUAUUUUAAAGGUCCAGAAUUAUUACUUGACUAUCAGAUGUACGAUUAUUCAUUAGACAUGUGGAGUCUAGGAUGUAUGUUUGCUAGUAUGAUUUUUAGAAAAGAACCAUUUUUUCAUGGUCAUGAUAACUAUGAUCAGCUUGUACGAAUAGCUAAAGUAUUAGGAACAGAUGAAUUGUAUGCAUACAUAGAAAAGUAUCAGAUAGAUCUAGACCCUAGAUUUAAUGAUAUAUUAGGAAGGCAUUCACGAAAACGAUGGGAAAGAUUUGUACAUUCUGAAAAUCAACAUUUAGUAAGUCCAGAAGCAUUGGACUUUUUAGAUAAAUUAUUGCGAUAUGAUCAUCUUGACAGAUUAACGGCUAGGGCAGCAAUGGAACACCCAUAUUUUUAUCCUAUAGUAAAAGAACAAGGAAGAAUUUCCUCAUCAAUGUCAGGGCACAAUUCACCUACACCUGUACCUAAUCAAGGAACAAUCGGAGGUGCUACCAUGAACAGUACUGCAGCUGUCAACAGUUCACCUGUCAUCACCCCCAGUAUGUCGCCCCUUCCUAACAGUACAGCUGCCGCCGCCCAAUCUUAGUGCUAUAUAUGUCUGCUUGGGCUUGAUACGUGUCUAUUGUGAUAACUAAAACUUUGCCAUCAGCUACAGGGAACGAUUUGCCUGGUGAUGCCGAGUAUUUAUUAGUGAGCUGGUGUUGUGUCGACUUAAUGCAAAUUGUGAUGACCUGAACAAAUCAACAGGGCAAUAGCAAUACAAGAUAAACAUGUCAUUUGUUCACUCACCUGUUAUCAUUCAUAUUAUAGGGUAACGAUACUCGCCCGUCAAAACUUUUUCUUCAAAAAUAUAUAAGUCUGUGUUUCAGCUAAAAUAAGACAUUUUAUUUGUUUUAUUGAAUAUUAAAGGGAAUUUUUUUUGCCAAAAAGAUUGAAAGAAAAGAUGUCAACUUUCUAACUUUUAUCAUUAAUCAUUUUAAAGUAGUGGUUAGAAAAAUGGGGUUAAAUCACUUGAGGUAUAGAAUAUAUUUUUUUUUUUUACUUUUUCACAUAAUACAUGAUAUUUAGUCAAUGGACAGAAAAUAUUGUCUCUACAACAACAUUGUUUAUGUCAGCUGUUUUUCAUUUAUGAUGUAUGAUUUAUUUGAUAAUUUGAUAAUUUAUGUCUUGACAAGUGCUGAAAUUGAACCUGAUGUUUUUUGUUUUUAUUUGAAGUAAAAGAAACUAGAAAUAAAUAAUAUAGUUUAAUGAUCAAGAUAAAAUAUGUUCCCCUGCAUAAUUAAAAAGUUACUGAUAUGGGCUGUAUAAUGGAAGUAAACCAAAAUAAUUUAAUUGCACUGUGAAUUAGAAGCAUCCAUUUCAUGCAAACCAAAUCAACAAAAAUAAUAAGGCAUCCUAUCAACACAAACUAAAUUAUUCUACAUUUUUAAUAUUUGGUAGGUUUUAAUUUUGAUAGGCUGGUAAAGUUUCUCAGUCAAAUAAUUUUUGAUACAAAUUUACAAAAAUUACAGAAUUCAAACAUAAUAUUUCUCUUAAUAUUAUAAUUUAUGUAGACAUUUAUGCAAGAUGAACUGUUUUAAUGACCUUGAUUGAGUUCAUGACUUCUUAAGUCUUCUGAAACUCAAUAAUCCAGAGAACUUGUAGGAAAAGAUGAAAACAAGUCCUGAUUCUGUUUUUGUUGCUUGUGUUUUGUUAUGGAUUACACAUAGGAAUCUGUUUUCACUAUAGUAUUCUUCAUAGGUAAAACAAAAUUUCUUAGGGAUCCCUUAGACUUGAGCUAAGUGCCUUUCACCAUACAGUGAAAUCACAAAAAAAAGACCUAAAAUGAUACAAUAUGAUAAUGGAUGUGUUGUGGUAGGUAGGUAAAAUGUAAUAAAUACUGUGGCCAUAAAACAAAUAUUGGUGCAAAGCUUUAUUUACAUCACCUGUCUAACAGGUGCUGUCUUGUGUGUGCCAGGAAAGGGUUUUAAUUGAUUUUCAGAGCUGUAGAGAAAAAAAUUUGAAAGGCAAUGUGUCCAGAUGUAUACAUUUGCAGCUUCUUCAUAUUUCUUUUCAGACUUGAAUACAGUAAACUUUUGUCGGACAUUAGGCAGGGCCAUUGUUUGCUUGACCUUUGAAAAUUCUACCCAGGUUUAACAUCUGAUAAUAUUUUGUCUUUAUUUCACACCAACAUGUUUUUGAAACUGUCUUGUAUUCUGGGAAUGUUGGUAAAAAGGUUUUGUUACAAAAUUUGAUACAUCAUAUACGUUGACAAGAAAAUUAACACUCUUUAGGGUGAAUACAGAUAUCAAAUAUAAAUUUUAUAUGGCUUUUUUCCAUAUUGCAUCAGUAUCAACCAAAACACCUGAUAAGGUGUAUGAUACUGCAAAAUCCGUAUCAUAUAAACUUUAUUAUAUACUGAAAAUAUGUUUUGCUGCUGCUGUUUUGAUUUAAUACAGAUUUUGGGAUUUGAUAGAGCCUGUGCAACCAUGAUUGAUGUCAUUAUGGAUGGCUGAUAAAGAUUGCCAUGAUUGUAUUAGUAUUUUACAAAUUAAAGUUUCUUCUAUUUACUACCAGGUAUAUAGUAAAGCUUGAUAAACACUUGUUUACUCACAGGAAUGAUUUAGGUCUAAUGAAUUUAAGAAUGAAAAGUUACUUUUACUAAUAAUGAUUUUAAUUGCUGUUAUAUAAUAUUGUAAAGCAGGUCUCAUUGGAAAUGUCUUUCAGUUUACAAUGUAUAGUUUAUCAUAACUUUUUUGUAUCGUUUGACUCUCACAGAUCUGUUUACAUAUAAAUAUUUUCAUCAUGUUGUUUGUGACUGGAUAUUAUCCAUUUCUGCAUCAGGAAAGAACAUUCACAUUAGCAUUCUGUACAAAUUAAGUCUAAUUUAUGCUUACUUUUAUGAUAACAGGUCUCAGGAGAAAUGCAUACAGGAAAUAUCUUCAUACAAUGAGGAUAUUGCAAAAUAAAUGAUUAAAUAAAUAGAAAAUAAUCAUAUUGAUAUAGCGAGAGAGGAGCAGACAUACACUAGGAAAUAAUCAUUUGCAGAUGCAUUUAUUUAUGAAGAUUAACUUAAACAUUUGCUGUAAUGAUGUGGUUGCGAAAGUUGAAUGAGACUCCAAAAUCCUUACAAAGAAAGUUUAAUUUAGCUGGCACCACACAAAUGUUUGAUAUUGUUCUUAAAGUCUUUAACUGAGGUUUAUAACAAACAUCAGUCAUAUGUGCAUGCUAAGAUACUUUGCUGUCAAUGUCUGAAGCACAACAUUUGAUAUAGAUCUGAAAAAUCUCUUUUGGCAAUUGUAUGUCUUAAAAAUAAACACAUCUUGGUAUUUGCAAGCACCAGAUCGGUGUAUGCAUCAUUCAUAGUUAGGACUUUGUAUGGAUAAUCUCAAUUAUUCAAAUUCUUUUUCACAAAUAUGGUGCCUGGGCAAACAGCUGUAACAAUAUAUUCUAUAUGAAAUUUUGUAUUUAAAUCAUGGUGAACAAUUGUAUUAUCAGUAUUAGAAUAUCCUGUGAAAAAAGUACUUGAAAUAUGGUAAUUCUCUCUUUUAACUCUGUAGAUCAAAUUAUUGUUAAUUUUUUAAAUGAUUGCUCUGUUUUUGCAUAAUUUACUCUUGUUUUGUUAAUUAUUUCCAUCAUACCAAAUUUCAUUUUUUCACAUGUUGCCCCAGAAAUGAGAGUUGUCCUUUUAUUUUUUAUUGUCAUGUGGAAAAAGGGAUUCAGUUUAUUUCUUGUUGUAGACAAAUUUGUCUUGUUGACAUUGCACUUGUGUUAUUUGUUUCAUUUUGUCUUGUUUACAUAAAAUUUCAUUUGUAUAAAACAUUAAACCAUGUAUAUUUAAAAUUAACUUGAAAUUGUUUUUGAUCAAUUUUGUCUGGAAAAAAGACAUUCAGUUUAGUAAAUUUAAAUGUAAUAUGUUUUUUGUAUUAUUGUUCAUUUGUGAAAUGAAGACAUGAAAUGAAUUUGUCUACAACAAGAGAAUGUUAAUUUCACUCUGAAGUUGUCUCCCCAUGCUGAUAUUGCAAGGGAGGUCAUUAUGAAUAUUAUCUCCCUUUCUUUAUAUAAGGUCAAAGUAGAGAUGACUGAUUGAAGAUUUAUAAUUUGAUUCUGGUGCGUGUCAUAUCAUAGAAUACUUUUAUAUGUAAAGGUAGAUGGAACUAGCUGUGGUUCAUGUCUACCUAAUGCCAAGUCAAAUAUGAACAUUUAAUAAA